AUGUCUUCCAACAUCGGCUCUGGCACCCAGUCUCCCCCUCUCCAGGACAAUGAGCCAAUGGGUGCAUCCUCCAUCAAGGGCGGUAAUGCAGGAGCCGUUCCAGACAGAGAGCAGCGCGGUGCCUACUUCGACAAGGCUGACCAGUCGUCAGGGAAGGAAGUGAAGAACGUCAUGGAGACUGCGCCUACAGCAUCUGAUGCUGUCAGGAAUCUCAACGAAGAGUCCAAGUGA